AUGGAUUUGGGGAUUUUUUGGGGUGCCCCCAGUGCUGCCGGGGCCCCCCGGAACGUGUCGGUGUCGGCGGGGGGAGGGGAUUUUUGGGUGCUGCCGGGGCCCCCCCGGAACGUGUCGGUGUCGGCGGGGGGGGCGCGGGGGGAGCUCUGCGUGCGCUGGGCCCCCCCCCCCGGGCCCUACCUGGCCUCCAGCCUGGUCUUCGAGCUGGCCCUGAGCCCCCCGGGGGGACCCCCAAAAACGGUGGGGGUCCCGGCCGGGCGGCGCGAGCAGCGGGUCGGGGGGCUCCGCGCCGGGACCCCGUACUCGGUGCGCGCCCGCGCCCGGCCCGACGGGCUCAGCUACGGCGGCUUCUGGAGCCCCUGGUCCCGGCCCGGCAGCGCCUCCACCGCCCCCGGUGAGCGGACGCUGCGGGCCAAGCUGUGGCCGCCGGUGCCGGGCCCCGAGCGCGAGUUCGAGGGGCUCUUCAGCGCCUACGGCGGCAACUUCCAGCUGUGGCUGUGCCAGGCUCCCGGCUCUCCCCGCGCCCCCCCCGCAAUGGAGGCCGAGGAGGCUCCGGACGAGGUGGGGGAGGGGCCGGGGCUCGCCCCCCCCGCCGAGCCCCCCCCGGAGGGGGCGGAGCCUCGGGCGCCGGGCCCCUCCCCCUCGCCCAGCUUCGAGUACACGCUGUUCGAGCCCGGCCCCGCCCUGCUACGCCCCGCCCCCCGGCCCGCAGGACACGCCCCCUGCCCACCAGGCCACGCCCACUGUGUCACAGGCCACGCCCCCUGCUCCUCAGACCACGCCCCCUGCAUCAAAGACCACGCCCACUGCUCUCCAGCCCACACCCCCUGCACCCCAGACCACGCCCCCUGCCCUACAGGCCACGCCCCCUGCUCCUCAGGCCACGCCCACUGUCCAGCCGAUCACGCACAUUGUCCCCCAGGCCACGCCCCCUGCCACACCGACCACGCCCCCUGCUCCACAGGCCACGCCCCCUGCUCCACAGGCCACGCCCCCUGCUCCACAGGCCACGCCCCCUGUUCCACUGACCACGCCCCCUGCUCCACUGACCACGCCCCCUGCUCCACAGGCCACGCCCCCUGCCUCACCGACCACGUCCACUGCUCCCCAGGCCACGCCCCCUGCCCCACUGACCACGCCCCCUGCCCCACUGACCACGCCCCCUGCCCCACUGACCACGCCCCCUACGCCAACCUGGGCCACGCCCACAAGGGGGCGGAGCCCAAGUGGGGGGCGGGGCACGCCCACCAUUACGUCAUCUGCUCCUGA